AUGAGGAGCAGCAGCGACUUCAACGCGUCGCUGCGUCAGUCGAGAAGUCCAAGUGGAACCACGCCGCGCGCUGCAAGUGGCUACAACAGCCGCGGAGGCCAUCCCUAUGCGCAGGGCAUGAGCAUCAACGUCUCGGCUUCGAGCUCUCCAUCACACAGCGCGCGGUCGUCACCUCACGGCGGCACCAGUUCCCCUGGCAAUACGGUGCGUCGCGCCCAGCCACUGCAGCAGCAACAACAGCAGCAGCAAUACUACGCACCUCCAGCCCCAUCCGCUGCGGCGGCUGCAUACUUGCAACGAACGGCGAUAUCGAACGCGUACAACGGCGGCUCGCGAAGCAGCGAAGAUACAGAGACGGCGUCCACUUCCUCCGAUGGCUUCAUGGGGGAUCGGCCAUCAUCACCGGCUCACAGUAUCUCCAGCAGUUCAAGUCGAUACUCUGCGGAGCGCGGGAGCAACUUCAAGGUGGUGAUUCGUGUGCGACCUCCUUUGCCGCGUGAGCUUCAUGGUGACCGCCCGUUCCAGAACGUGAUCAAUGUAGACCAGCAAGGUCAUGUCCUCACGGUAUCGGAAAACCUGGGUGCUUUGGCAUUCGGCGGAGGCAGUAGCGGGAAUGGCGACAGCGAAUCAAGCACUCCGGGCGCGUAUGGGAGUCACGUGUUCUCUUUCGAUCACGUGUACGACCAGCAGUGCACUCAAAGCACUGUGUACGAGAACACGGCGAAAGCGGUGGUGGAGUCGUCGCUGGAAGGAUACAACGCUACUAUCUUUGCUUACGGACAAACGGGAACAGGCAAGACGUACACGAUGGAGGGCUUCAACAGCGGCUCUGGCAGCGUGGAGGAGCGCGGUAUCAUCCCGCGUGCUAUCGAACAGAUCUUUUGCCAUAUCCAGGCCAAUGUCUCCGCGCGGUGUCGAUUCCUGGUACGCGCUUCAUACUUGCAGAUUUACAACGAGUCCAUCUCGGAUCUGCUCAAGCCAGAGCGAACCAACUUGACCAUCCGAGAGGACCGACGUCGAGGGGUCUUUGUGGAGGGUCUCUCUGAGUGGGUGGUGCGUUCUCCGGAGGAGAUUUACGGACUGAUGGAGCGUGGCGGAGCUAUGCGGGCUACCGGUAGCACGAAGAUGAACGAGUUAUCGUCGCGUAGUCAUGCCGUGUUCAUCAUCAUUGCUGAGCAGAGCAAGACCUCAUACGUAGACUCCAAGGGGAACGAUGUAGCACCGGAGGAGUUCAUGGCCCUUGUCAACGCGUACCAGGCACGUCACGGUGGGGGCAACGCACAAGCGAACGGCGGCAAUGGAAAGGCCUCUGGUGGUGCUAACGGUGCAAACGCUAAUGGUACAGCUGCAUUGCACCCGAAGCUGGAGGCGAUGGUUCGGCAAAGCUUCAAAGUUGGCAAACUAAACCUCGUGGAUCUUGCCGGAUCUGAGCGAGUGAGGCUCUCUGGUGCUACGGGGCAGCGACUGGAGGAGAGCAAGAAGAUCAAUCAAUCGCUUUCGGCACUUGGAAACGUUAUCUCGGCUCUCACCGAUGCACGCGGCCGUCAGCACAUUCCGUAUCGUGAUAGUAAGCUCACACGAAUACUAGAGGACUCUCUCGGUGGCAACUGCAAAACCACAAUGAUGGCUAUGAUUUCCCCUGCGCUGGAGGCCAUGACGGAGUCACUUUCAACGCUAAAGUUCGCGAACCGAGCUAAACACAUCAAAAAUGAAGCUCGAGUGAAUGAAGAUCUGGACCAGAAGUCGUUGCUGCGUAAGUAUGAGCGUGAGCUGAAGCGGCUUCGAGCGGAACUGGAAGAACGCUCUCGAAAUGUGGUGGACAAGCGUCGAUUACUUGAACUCGACGAGCAGCGCCGUCGAGCGGAGGAGGACAAAAUGGCAGCAAUUCGUGCACUCGAAGAGCGUUCACGCGAGUUCAUGAGGGAGAAGGAAGAGAAGAAGCGUCUCGAACAACGGAUUUCAGCUCUUACGUCGCAGAUGCUGAUGAGUAACCAGCGUCGACUGACUCCUACUGGUGGGCUUGGCGAGGGCGAGGCUUUAAACGUCGAGGACCCAUUGAUCCGAGAUGCUAUCAAGGAGCAUCAGGAUCGCAUCCGCCAGGAGUACGAGUGUCGUCUUGCUGAUCUUGAGAAGGAGCGCGAGACUAUCGAAGAGGAGAAGGCUCAGGUCGACCGGUACAAGCAGCUUCUCCUCAAACAGCGCGAUAUCAUGAUCGCCUUGACUCAACGACUGAACGAGCGUGACGAGCAGAUCACAGCUCUGCAGGACGAGCUCGACGCCUACGACCGUCAUCAGAAGGAGCUGGAGGAGAAGCUUGACGAGAAGACGGCGCAUCUCAUCCACUUGCAACGUGUCGCGAUGGAGCAUAACGCGAGCUCGCCGGGUAAAAUUGAUGCUGAGCUGCUGAAAGCGCUUGGUGACUGGGGCGGUGGUGCAUCGCAAGCAGCAAUGCUUCCUGCUGCUGGCUCUAGUCGAGUGGCUGAGACCCCUGCUGAAUUACUCAUCACACAUAAGCAGUUCCGACCUCACCCGGUGGACCCAGUCAUCAUCAACGACAACAACUACUGUAGUGGCAACAACAAUUCACUCCAUGCAGGAAAUGGCGGGUCAAGUUUGCUCUCAGCCGAGGAGAAAAUUCAGGAACUGCGUGCGCUGGUGGACGCACAAACAGCCGAGCACCAGCGCAUGGCUCGAGAGCUGGAGGAUGUGAAGUCUGAGAAGGUUUCUGUGGAGUUUAUGAUGCGUGAGAAGCUGGACAAACUGGUGCAAGUCGAGCUUGAGGCGCGUACCAAAGACCUCGAGCGUUCAGACAGUAGCAAGGACAAGCAGCAGCUCGCAAACUUGCAGCGGCAGCUAGAGGCUUUGAUGUCCGAGAACCAGCAACUCCAGGCCCGAGCUACAUCGGACGAUCAGCAAUCGCAGCUGCAAGCGCGAUGUGAGACUUUGGUGAAAGAGAGGAGGGCGGUUCAGACCAUCAUGGAGCACAAGAUCAAGGCACUGGUGACAGCCAUAGGUGAAGCAUCCGAUGCUACCCUUCAGACUGCCGGUGGGGCUGAGAAACUGGGCGAGCCUGCGAAAUGGCUUUCUCGCGAGGUGAACGCACUUCAAAGGCUCGUCAAUGCGUCAAUUGUCGCUCUUCGCAACGCUGAUGCGGGGAAUGGUGGGGCUGGAGGUGCACCGGCCACAAAACCUGCCCAAAAGGAGUCGAGCAGCAGUCAACCUACACCUACGACGGUACCCGCUGGAAUGAGCAGCACUCGUGCCUCGAGUGAGAAACCAGCGAUGAUGGCUUCACCACCAGCUCAGACGCCCUCUUUGUCGGUGGACGAGCUGAUAGAGCAAAGGAGAGCACAACUGCAGCAGCAGCGAGACCGAUACCCGACAGUAUGA